AUGUCAGGCUCCAUCCACCUCAUCGUGAUAGGCGCUGGUCUGGCUGGCCUCUCGGCUGCCAUUUCAACCAAGCUUGCCAACCCGAACCACACAGUCACAAUCCUCGAGUCUGUGAAAGAGCUGGCCGAAGUUGGCGCCGGCCUGCAACUCACACCCAACGGAACCCGCAAUUUCAAACGCUGGGGGAUAUACGAGACUCUCGUGCCGAAGGCCACGUUCCCAAACACGCUCUCAGUCCACCGCUACGACGGUACCAGACUGCUUGCCCGGGAACAAGACUUUCAGCAAUCCAUCAGCCGCAAAUACGGCGCUCCGUUCUGGGGCCUGCACCGUGUUGACCUCCAGCGGGCUAUGGCCCACCGCUGCAACGAACUCGGCAUCGAGAUCCGCCUCGACGCCCGAGUCACAUCCGUCGACUUCGACAUGGUGGAAGUCAAGCUCCACGACGGCGAGAUCGUCGACGGCCACGUCAUCCUCUGCGCCGAAGGCCUGUGGUCCGCCACUCGCUCGCAGUUCCUGGGCCGGCCCAGCCCGCCCAUCCUGACAGGUGAUCUCGCCUACAGGAUUUUAAUCCACGCCAACGACCUCACUGGCCCGGACGCGCCCGAGCUCCGGAACUUCAUCCGGGCCGCCACCGUCAAUUUCUGGGUCGGUCCCAACACGCACGUCGUCGCCUACACGGUGCGCGGCGGGGACCUGUACAACCUCGUUCUCCUGUGCCCGGAUACCCUCCCGGCCGGAGUCAGCAAAGCCGAGGGCGAAAUCACCGAGAUGAAGAGGCUGUUCGAGGGCUGGGACCCCAUCCUGACGAAGUUCCUGGAUCAGGUGCCGGCCGUGGCGAAGUGGAAGUUGCUGUGGCUCGACACGCUCCCGGAGUGGGCUAACGAACAGGGCACGUUCCUGAUGAUGGGCGACUGCUGCCAUCCCAUGCUGCCGUACCUGGCCCAAGGCGCGAACUCGUCGUUGGAGGAUGGCGCGGUGGUGGGCUAUUUGCUGGGGCAGGUCAAUGCUGACGAUGGAGAGGGAAGGGCAGAGCAAUUGGUUCGGGCCGCCAAGAUGUAUCAGGAUUUGCGGAAGGAGAGGGGGGAGGGCAUUAGGAGCGAGACGUUCAAGCAGCGACGCGAUUUCCACCUGGCGGACGGGGAGGAGCAGGAAGAGAGGGAUGCGUUGAUGCUGGGGAUGCUUGGUGGAGAGGUGAAGGCGGAUUUCCCGAGCAGGUGGACGUGUCCCCGGGUGCAGUCGUGGCUGUACGGAUAUGAUGCUUACAAAGAGGCCGAGGAAGCUUUCAAGAAGGAUCCAUUCUAG